AUGGUGAACAACAAUUGUGAUUUCAAACCUAAGCAACACACCAUAAACUAUGAUAUCAAACCUAAACCACAGACGGGCACUCAACAAAUGCCGCAUCGCAAUUCCAACGAAAUUCCGCGUAACUUUGAAAGCAACACGCCGAGGGUGAACAACAAUUUUGAUUUCAAACCUAAGCAACACACCAUAAACUAUGAUAUCAAACCUAAACCACAGACGCCCAUUCAACAAAUGCCGCAUCGCAAUUCUAGUGUCCCUCCGAAGAAACCGAAUGAGACGGACACACCCAAGAACGACAGCCAAGUCCUGACACGGUCUGACAAACUUAAGGCACUAUACAGGAGCGGACCGAGGGCCUUUUCAGGCCCUGUCGAAAAGGUUCUCAAAUGGCACAAAGCGCUACAAGACAUUGGGGUGUUAAUUAUCUUCGAGAUCGUGGCAAAAUGCGUGAGCAUCCAGCCAGGAACAUCUUGCUCGAAAAAUUUGGUGAUCAGAGAUGAUAGCGGACCGGCCAUGCAGGUGGUUUACUACGAAAUCGACUUUCUGCUGCCAGAGCUUAAGCCUCCAUGUACUGUCAGAGUGGUAGGUCGCAUGAUGGCGGGCACAUGUCGCCUGCAAGCGUUCAGCGUGCGUCCGGCGACGGGCGACGACGUGGCCACACUGUCGCGCCGCGCCGCGGUGGCCAGCCACCACGUCGCCAAGCUGUGCAAGGAAUAUGGAGCAAGCGACACCAUGUAGAAU